ACUUUCUCUAAGUAUGGAUAACAAGCCCGAUGUUGAAAUGGAAGAAAAACGACCCAAAAGGGGUCUUUUUUCUAUUGCGGAUAUUCUUGAAAUAGAUAAACGAAAACCAGAAGAGAGUGAUUCGGAGAACGUAGAUAUUGAAACUCUUCCGAAGAAAGAAGAUGUAAAUAAUUUGGCGAAUUUCGUUCAAGAACUAAAUACAGCCAACGCAUUAACUUAUUCUCACCUAACACCAAGCAUGUGGAAUGCCCUUGUUCAUUCAAAAAAUGUUGAAUCUGGUAACAGCAUAUGGAAUAGCGAGGAUUCUCAAUCAAUUCUGGCUCGAAAUCAUUUUGUUUCUCUACAAGCUCCCAAACCUCUGACACGAAGAAUGAGGAAACCAGGAACAGACAGAAAACCUCGCCAAGCAUAUUCUUCUAAACAGCUAGAGAGACUAGAAAACGAAUUCAAAAAUGACAAGUAUUUAAGCGUCAGCAAGCGGUUAGAGUUGUCUCAGGCGUUAUCACUAACAGAAACCCAAAUUAAAACCUGGUUUCAAAACAGAAGAACGAAGUGGAAAAAACAGAUGACAGCGAGACUCAAAAUAGCUCAGAGACAGGGCAUGUGGGUACCGUCUCAAUUGUGGUGUCCGCCCUCUAGCGGACUUCAACAAGUACCGUCCACAGCCUUCUCUUUACAACCGUCAAAUUCAACGUUUUACUGA